AUGAUGCGUCUCUCCGGGCUCCAGAAAGAGGUCCUGGCCCUCUACCGCCGGUGCCUCCGCGAAAGCCGCAACAAACCUCAGAGCACGCGGGCGCACUUUGAAAACUUUGCCAGAGCCGAGUUCGCAAAGAACUUGUCCAUUGACAAGCGCGACUUUGCGGCCAUUGAGUUCCUCCUCCGCAAGGGCCGUCGCCAGCUCGACGUCUACUCGUCGCCCGGCAUCAAGGACGUCAGGUGA